ACAGUACCGGCGAGGUGUGUCGCGCAAAACAACCCCUUGCUUUUAACGUCGGUUUUAUCCCUUUUUCUUUCAACUUCACAAGAAGUGGGUUUCAAGUACAUGUGCAAAGAUGGGUUAAAAAAGAAGAUUGGUAAUAGGUCGGUUUUAUGUGCUGGCGUUUGCUUUUUAAAAAGCAGAUAAUUCAAACAAUUUUCGGAGUCAUUUAUGAAGAAAUAUAAUUGCAAUCGAUUUUGAUAGAGAAUUCGUAAUGACUACGACUCUCCCGAUUUUUACAGCAAUUUAUUCAACAAAGCAAGAGGAUGCUACAAUUACAGUUCCAGGAAUUUCAACGAAGAUACCUGGAAAUGGUUCAUCCAAUCCCCACAUUACUUUGGUACCGCCUGCAUUUAUUUAUAAUCGGACGCAAAAGUCAAUUACGGAACUACUCUACAAUGGAACUGGAUAUUACCUUGAAGAUGAAGAUGAAACAGGUUUAACUGAUCUUCAUACGUUGUUGUUAGCAUGUUUCGCCACAACCGUGUUUUUGGCAGUUACUGUAUCUACUGCGUUUGGAAUUAGGUUAUUAUGGAAAAAGUAUAGGAGAAGUAAACAAAACUUGAAGUAUGACGGGAUAUUACACAGAGAAGGAACAUCCGAAUCAAUAUCAAGGCCAUUACAUUCCCAUCUUCUGGAAGAUAAGAGUGGCUUGGAAUCACAUUUAUCAGUUAAUACAGAAGAUUUGGAAAUAGCUAAUGGAUUGGAGAUCAAUACGCAACUCAGAAGCAACACGCAUUCAAAUACCAAUGGCAGCAUUAUCACCAUGACCUUAAAAAAUAAUCAUUUAAUUGUGGAAACGGAAGAAAGAAAUGACCUUGAAGAAGACAGCAGAGAAACUACGAUGAAAUAUUCCCCAAGUACCAGAGAUGGAGUUUUUGUAGUAGAGGUACAGCAAGGAAUGAGAAGGAGUCCGAGUUCUGGAGGGCCAGCGCAUGGAAUAAUAUCUGUCGGCGACCAGUGUGCUCUGGUACAUAACCCACCUGAUAAAUACAGUGAUGACGAAACUAUUGAGGAAUUUGAUGAGAGUGAAUAUUGCAUUGAGAUGAUAUCGCCAGAUACACCUGAUUCCGUAUCGUUCAAAGCGAAAACGGGUUUAAGUCAAUCCAUAACCAGCCUAACUCAUCCAUCAUAUUGCUAUACAAAUCAACAAUGUUAUGACAUAGACAAUUAUGGAUCAAGUCAGUAUAAGGGAUAUUCAGUUUGUAAUGAACAAGCAAUGCCUAAACCAAUUGAGGACAACAAACCGAAGAUAAUGGCGGCUAUUUAUAAAAAUACCCUCAAAAGAAGUCCUAGUACUGAAGACCUACACAUGGCGUCCAUAAAUGGGGGAUUGGUGGAAGAUUCGGUUGUCCAAAAAGAUUUAUUGCAGAGAUCCAUAAACGACAAAAGACCAACACCGGAAUCUUCGAAAAUAGUAGAGAAAGCAAACAUCGCCACCGAAUUAUCUUCUAGCAAUACUAACCCUAUCAAGGAAGCGGAAAUGACACCUGGAGAUUAUGAAAAUGAAGAAUUUAAAUGCAACAGUUCGGCAGGAAGUUAAAGAUUACUAUUAUUCAAAAUAAUAUUUCUAUUUGAUACAAAUGAUGAUUGAAUGUAUGUUAUUAUUGAAUUUUGCAGUCUGGUGAACUUUUACACUUAUACAGAUAUCACAAGAUGGCAUUUUAGGCAUUUUAUAAAGUUAACCAUAUUUCCCAGUAAUUGUUUUACCAAAAAAUUUAUAUAUAACGUUUGUGACAACUGUUUGAAGUCCUCGAUAUGCGAUUUCCACUGUUUUAUAUUUGAUACUUUUUGCUUCAAGUGUUUUGUUCCCCAGUAUUAUUUUAUCUAUUCGUUGUCCCAUCUUCUUCUGUGAUUACUCUACUUUCAGUAUUCCUCUUUCAUUCUUUUUCGGUUUUGUUGAUUUUUAUUAUAUUUAUAUUUAUAUAGAUUCAUGAACGAUAAAAGAGCAGCACCCGAAUCUUCGAAAAUAGUAGAGAAAGCAAAAAUCGCCACAGAAUUAUCCUCUCACAAUACUAACCCCAUAAGAGAAGUCUGAAGAUUAUGAUAAUGAAGAAUUUGAAUGCAAUAGGUCAAUUUUCCAGACUAUUCCAUUAGUGCUCUUUCUCAUUUCAUUCACAUUGAAUUUGCGGAAUAUGCGAAAUUAAAACAACUGGAAAAUACAUUUUUGAAGAAUGUGAAAUAAAAAUUCAUCCAAUCAAUGCUUAAACCAGAUUCUUCUGCUUAAUUCUGCAUGAUUGGGAAUUUUAUCUCAUCUCUCUAUCAUUAUAAACUUUGUAUGUAGUUCGGGAUGUACCGUACAGUGCGACCUAGAGGAUCUUUUGUGUCCUCUUUUCUUACCGUACCGUAAUGUACCUUAGAAAAUUCAGAUUCUGGUAUGGUUCUAGCUGCCAGAGGUCUUCAUAUUCUAUUUAAUACGCUCCCAGGUUUAAUUUUCUGAAGUUCCGUAGUUUCGUGAAGAGAAUGUGAAUAGAGGUUUCGUCCUCUUCGUAACAAAAACUGCACUCUUUGCUCAACCAAGCGUCUUCAAAUGUCAAUUGACGCCAAAGUGCCCGACAAAACUUCUAUCAGUAUUCGUAGGUUGUUCUUGCCUAGAUGAUACAUUAAACAUAUCUUCCCUGGUUAUAGUUUCCCAUGAGUAUGUUUACCUGUCUAAACAUCUGUAGAUUGCUCCAGUAACCGGUUUUGCCUCUAUCGACCUUCUUUUAGGGUAUUUUCUUUAUUAUUCUAUAGAUAAUAACUUAAAAGGAUUCAGGUUCUACGAGGAGUUUUUCCGCCCCUAUUCUGGCAAGUUUUAUCAGCUAUUUCGUUUCCCUACACCUCAAUGUGUCGCCGGAAUUCAUCGGAGGGUAGAUUUAUUCUCCUUACCUAGCUCAUUCAGCUUGACCAGGAAUUCCAAAAACCAGUUAGGAUCAUAAACUUUCAUAUUUUCUUUUGUUCAUUGCAGUUCAUUAGAUGCACUGGGGAUACCCUAAGGCUCAUAUCUAAAAAUGCCUCUAUGGCGGCAACCAAUGGUGUUGAGCUACUAUACCCAGAUCUAAAUCGAGAUUUGGAGGAAGGAUUUUAUCAUGAUAAACAGGAUUUUUUCAAAAAUUUUAGAUAUUAAGGGAAGAACAUUGAUGCUUAUAUGAUUAACAUCAACAGAACAGUUUCAGACGUGGCAGGCUGGAUUAUUUUCGAAUCUCUUCAAGUGACAAUUCGCCAAUAUCGUUUAACAGUUUUUUGUCGAUAGGUAGUAACAGAACAGGCUAGAGAUGUGAUGAAUUCCAUGAAAAGCCGCAAUUUUUGUUCUUGGUCAGAAACGAUGUGUAGCAGAGUCCCAAAAAGAUAUAUUCUAAUAAAUUGAGCAUAAAUCGGAAGUAUUGAACUUGAUUUGGUAUUUGGUAAUGCAUAUAAAUCCUUUUUGUUCAACAUAGGUAUUAGCUACGCGUUCAGGAAAAGGUUUUAAGGUUGAGAGAGAAAAGUAUUGAACAAGCUUCAUCAUAGAGAAGCACUGUGAUCUAGUACUAAGGAUUGACGUCUAAGAAAAUAGUCGGCCAUAUCUUUUGAAGGGAGUUUAUGCUCUAUACAUUAAAGAAAAAACAUUAUUGUCAGCAUUACAGAUAAAGUGCGAUAGCUAUUUGAUAAUGUAAAAUGAGAGCUCAAGCUUUUGUAACAUAAUUAGUUAACACAUAUUGACAAAGCUACAUGAUGCGAUAGGGUUUAAAAAUAAGGUUACGAAUUUCAUCGAUUCUCAUUAUUAUUUUUUCUAUUAUAAGGUGUAGUUAGAGAUAAAAGUGGUUAGAGGCUGGUAAAGCAGACAUCAGGAGCUAUAAUCUACGGUUUAUUCUAAGAUGGUAUAGUUCUUCCAAUAUCAAUUGCAGAUUUUGUUUGAUCUACCAUAGGUAGAUACCUCAUUUUAUAAAUUCAUUAUUUUCAUAAAUACUUUUAAAAAUAUGUAUAUCUUAUGAGAGAAAGUAUUCGUUAGAAGGCAAUCGAAUCAUUUUAAAUUGGAUGGCAUUAUACGCCGUUAUUUAGACAGAUGCAACUUAAUUGUCCUACUUGGAACUAGAAAAAAAA